AUGGGUCUUCUUGUGGUCGUCCUUGGAAUCCUGGGGGUCCUUGAGCCGUGCUUGGCCCAGCUACAACCUUUGCAGUCUCAGCCAGAGGGCACCUCAAGGGUUCCUGAACUGCCACCACAAUACUCGCAACACGACGAUGACCCUCCACCACCGUUUUGCAUCAGCACUCUUCUACCAACAACAACCAAGGAGGCACGAGCAGGCAGCCAAUCUCCCAAUCGCACACUGAUCUUGGGCCUCGCCGCCGUGGCUCUAGUCACGCUCAGUGCUGCCACGCUCAGCUCCACGCUACGCAAAGACAAUUGCCAAGCGCACACCACACAUCAACUUGGCGAACAAGCAGGCUUCUCACGCUCAGACACCUCUUUCCCUGGCGUCACUAUCAUGCGGUGGCGGACGAACAUGGACAACUGGAUGUACACCAACGCGAUACAAGUGGCCGUACCCCUCUUCACGUGGCUGUCAGCCAGCAUGACCUUGCUCGACCGCGAGGUAUGGGGACGACAACGUAUCAAGGCCAAGUUCCAACCUAACACCAACCAAGAAGAACCAGGAUGCUGGCCCGCNCUUUUGGCACAUGCCAAGACACACGGACGAGGAAAGGCCGCGCUGGCCGAGGCUGUGCAGGCUCUUGCUUUGCAGAAGUCCAUCCGAACCCCGGAAGAGUUGGCCUCUCUGCAGGCCCAAGUGACCGCUGCUCAACAGCGACUAAAGAACUCUGCGGUUGACAAGCAAUCCAGCUCCCGACGCCUUCGUAGCCACUCUGCUGCAUCACCGAGUAUGCCUCUGGCUACUCUUCCUAAUCACACGCGCGAUAAAGCUUCAAGUCCCAGCAUAGAGCGUACCCAGCAACCGCGUGGUCGCGGGGGAAGCUACCUUUCCAAGCGCCGGAGAUCUGGUGGUGUUGGUGGUCCUGCUCGACCAAGUGCAAGUCCUCGAGCGACUGCACCACAAUCAGGAAACGACACCACAAAGGCCCAAGGGGGCGAUGAACAUUUGCCCUCUCACACGCGCGAGUGGCGGCGGCGCUAUAUGCGUGCCUAUCGCCGACGCUUGGGUUCGAGCCAUGAGCAGCUCUUCACGACGGUUCGCACUGCUGAGCUUCAACAAACGACCUAUCGUGCGGUUCUGGCCGCUUUGCGUCGAGACUUGGCGAUCCUGCAGCAAGUCCAAAGCAAUGCCGAGCAUCAAUGA